ACCUACACAAUGGGUGUGUUUCGAUAUGCACUUUUCAUAUAUUAUUAAUUAUGAAAAAGUACUCUGUGAUGCACUGCGACCGCUGUUAGCUGAUAGCUCUCACUAGUGUUAUACUACUCUAUUUCUUACUCUGUGGUUAUAACAACAAUUAUUAUUCGUAUCAAAAAUAAAAAUGUGUACGAAAAUGCCUCAGGAAUUUGUGAAGUCCACCGAAGUCUUACCAUUUACAAAAUAUGGAGUGUCGACUUUGGAAGAUUUUGAAAAAGCUGAAAAACAAAUUCAAGAUUUGGAAUGGUUAAAACGAGCAGGACUUACAAAUGAAGAAGUCAAACUAUACCAAGAAAAUGAAGCUGGACUUCUAAAGAAUCAGACUAAAGUGGAAUCCAGGGUAUUAAACAAUCAAUUAGUUUCAGUAUAUUGUAAAAUUAAGAAAUAUCAACAAACGGAAAGAGAGCAAAAUGAGGAACCUUGUACAUCCAGUUCUAAUACCAUACAAUCUACUCAAGUGAAGUCAUCUACUUUUUACCCUGAAGGACAUCCAAUUCACGAAUUGAAAGAAAUAGAAGCAAGCUUGUUUGGACAUCUGAAAAAUGAAGAAAUCUUGUCUUUAACAAAACGGCGUAAAAUUUUACGUAGGUUGGAGAGGCGAAAAGAAAGGAUCAUAUCACAGCAAAAGCAAGUACCUAUUAGUUCUAUAGCACAUUCCUCAAAUACUAAUUCCGGAAGCUUAUGGGAUGUAAAGGAUUUAACAACAAGAGUUGUACAGACAAAACCUCAAAUAAUUGGGCCAAAGCCAAGAACUUUAUAUACAAUAAAAGAUAAUAAAAUUGUAAGGUUGGAGCAAAAGGCACAAGAUGAAUUCCAGGCAGUGGACAUUGUAUUACCACAGAACAAAGCAGAGGAAAGGUUACUGGAAGGAACAAAAAUGAGUUUGGAUGAUAUUAAGAAAAUUGAAAGGUUUAAGGACUAUGAACCAGGUGCACCUUCUAAGGUGUUAUAUCUCAAGAACAUUGCACCAUCAGUUACAGAAGAUAAACUUGCAAUGUUAUUUAAUCAAUUUCAGCUUGAGAAUGGAUGCCCUAUAGAUGUUAAACUUCUUAGUGGACGAAUGAGAGGGCAGGCUUUUGUCACAUUCCAAAGUGAAAACCUAGCAAUACAAGCACUUGACGAAGUCAACGGUACAAUAAUGUCCGGCCGACCAAUCAUAGUGCAGUUCGGCAGAAACAGUAAUAGAGUAGAAAAUGAAGACAACAGAUAAUAUAGAGGCAUGUGCUUGUGUAUGCUAUUAAAAUGUUUAUACUAAUGGAUAA